UUAAGCAAUACAAGUGCUUCUUUAGAAAUAAACCCGACAUUGUAUAAUUUAUUUGCGUUCAAUAAAUUGGAAAUUUCAAACGGAAUACCUUCAUUUGUUAAACAUCAAGUGAAUGGAGGUUAUACUAUAGAAUAUAAAUGAACGGGGUGGUUAUAACUUACUGUGGCUAUAAGUGUUAUUUCGGUGCAGAAAUGAGGCAUAGAGGAAAUUUGAUAUUAGGGUGAUACCCACACAUGUAACAAGAGUGUACGACAUCUGUAGACACGACUCAUAUUGCUUUAAACGUAUUAUUGUGGAUUAUACUUUUUGUUACUUAAUCUAAGAUAUACGCGUAUUUUAAUCUUCACUUCUAUAACGAAUUUAAAGAGCUGAAGAGGAUUAAAAUCAAUUAACUUAAGAUUAUUUUUAUUUUAUUUUUAUUUUCGACUAUUAUAUACAAGUUUUGAGUGACCAGUGUUAAGACAUUUUAAUUUAGAAAUUAAAUUUUAAUUCGACGGGCUGCAUUAAAAUGGGAUGAUUUUCAAGAGAUGAGUUAACCAUUCCAUAAAACAGUGUCUUAAAUCGUGCAAGGGAAUCGUUGUCAUAAAAAAAGUGUUAAUGUGGAUUAAACUCAGAUCAAUACAGAGUUGUUCCAUAAUCCAUCCGGAGUGACCAUUCUAUGACAGUGAACCAAAUUGAUUUCGGAGACAAUUGUCACAUCUGGUGCCUGUUAAAAGAUGUAAAUGAUGUUUGUUCAAGCCAGCUGACGCCUACAGUGGACCUGUAAGCCUGCCGCUGUCGUUGGUCUCCUCCACCGGAAGUAUGUACAAGAAGCUGACGCGUUACGCCAAGGUGAUCACGGCCAUCGCCGUCCCCGUGAUCCUGCUGUUCACGUGCAUAAACGUGCUCGUGCUAUCGAGGUUUGGUGCACAUGAUACUACGUUGAUUCUGCGGGAAAAGGUUUACCACAAGGGAGGUGCGAGCGACGGAACCUCCAGCUCCGAUGCCGUCCGCCAGCCCCCGCUCCCCGUCUUAAGAGAAGGCGGCGACAAAACGGACGACGAGGUAAAGAAGAUUUCUGGAAAUGGGGAGAGGAAAUCCGGAGAUGGAGACCCAGAUGCGUUACGGUACAAGAGAGUAAGGAACCCGGGCCGAGUCGUGAUGCAAGAUGACGGCAUCGACGCGAUGCUUGCCAAGCUGCGAACGCCGAAACUGACGCCAUUCUUCCCUUCCUACUACUCCAACAUCACGUUCAGCAACCUCGUACGGCGGUUGGGAGGCAUGACCCGCAGGAACGCGCCGACGCUCGAAGGCUACGAGGAACUCAAACCAAAGCCAGGUGACCCAGAGCUGCCGAUCUGGAAGAAGGUACACCGGAACAUCCGUCAGUUUUCGCUCUACGAUCCCGACGACCCUAAUCUAGCCGCCCUCAUGCACGACAUGGCCACGCUUCCAAUUAAGGAGACAGACGAGAAUGACGGAGGAACCCAGCUGAAGCUCAACAUCCGGUUCUCAAAUGGAGGUCGUGCUGUCAUGAAGUUCAUGAGGUACCCGCGUGAGAAAGAGGCGAGCGAGAAUCACUACAUAUUUGACGACACUGAGCGGCACGUGGCGGAGAUUGCUGCCUUCCAACUAGACAAGGUCCUAGGUUUCUACCGUGUGCCACCAACAGUUGGCCGCCGGCUAAACAUCACAUCCGAAAUACAGCCCAUCGCCCCGGACUCCCUAUUCAGGACAAUGUUUUGGUCACCAGCCGGAAACAAAUGUUUCUUCGGGAAAUGUGACUAUUACUGCAACAGUGCGCAUGCGUUCUGUGGUAACCCAGAAAUGAUCGAAGCGUCAGUAAUGAGUUACCUUCCCUCUCGGAAUAUCGCACUGCGCAAGUCAUGGUAUCAGCCGUGGCGACGCUCCUACAGCGCCUCACCCUGGAGUUUAUCGCGCAAGUUCCGGAAGGCCUAUUGGGAGCUUCAUGACGAUCUGUGUGAGACUGUGCGCUACGAGGAACCAUUUAACAAUGGGAAGAUUCUCCUGGACAUGAUUGACUCCCACACCUUCGACUUCCUCCAAGGAAACAAGGACCGCCAUAGCUUCUCGACGUUCAAGGAAUGGGGAAACUACUCCUUCCCCAUCAUGUAUGAUAACGGCCGCGGGUUCGGUCGGCAAACGUACGAUGCCAUGUCUAUCCUGGCGCCGCUUCGUCAGUGCUGUCUCAUCCGGAAGUCCACUCUCCUUAAGUACAUCCGGUUGUACGAGGGACCAGAGCGUCUGAGUGAAGUAAUGGAGGAGGCACUCCGGCCGGAUCCUGUCGCCCCCGUGCUCAUUCAGGGUCAUCUAAACGCUUUAGACAGACGCUUGAUCAAGAUCCUCCAAAUUGUUGCUAAAUGUGUCGAGGAAAAGGGUGUUAAAGAAGUUGUUAUUGCGGACAAAUUUUGAUGAAGUUAUGCAGUAUUUUAUGAUUUUCUCUUUAGUACUUAUGUUAAUUGGUUGCCAAAUUGGCUUAUCAGUAUUAAAUUUUCUUCUGCUAGUUGGCAAUUUCAUUUGCUGAUUGCCGAUUCCAUAUACUGAUUUGCAAUUCAGAAUUUAGAUCGCUGAUUGAGAUUGGCAAGUUGCCUAUUUCUUAUGUCUAUUGGCAAUUGGCAAUGAUGAGGGGUUGUUUCAUUUGCUGAUUUUUUUUGCCGGUUCCAAUUUUUUUAUGCUUAUUUGAAAUCCAUAUUUCAAUUGAUAUUGGCAAUUUCAUUAUUUCAAAUGUUGCUUUGCAAUUUUAUAUGCCUAUUGCAAAUUUCAUUUGCUGAAUGGUAAUUGUAAAUGGGCAAUUUUCUGAUCUGAUUUUCAAUUGCAUAUGCCGAUUGAGGUUGACAAUUUGCCAAUUGCAUAUGUUGUUGUUCAUAUUGCCUGUUUCAUAUUGUGAUGCCCAAUUUCUUUUGCCCGCUGUCAGUUUAAUCCUGAAUGCUAAUUCCUAUGCUGGUUGAGAUUGGCAGUUUUUCAAUUUCAUAUUCUGAUUGCCAAUUUCAUCAGCAAAGUUGGCAAUCAGCAUGAAAUUGGCGAUUUUAUAUUUAUUGUUGGUAAUUCAUUUGCUGAUUGGCCCUUGUGACCAGCAAUGGACAACUUAUUUGUGAUAUUACAGCGGUAAUGUUCAGCGCUUAAUGUUUAACUGUCAUUGGGGUUUUAUGGAAUGCCAAAAUAUAUGCAAUUAUCGGCGUUUAAAACAACGAUUUGCUCGAAAACUAUACUUUCAUGCCUAUCGAUGCAUUCGAAUGAUACUCGUACUCUGAAAUCCAUCUGGGCUAAAAAUCCUAAAAGCUACAAUUUAAUACCAACUAGUCAUUUUGAUUGUUAUUUGAAUGUCGCUCUAUACUAUUGUCCAAUCAGGUGACGAGAUAUCUAAUAAAUUAAAGCGCCUAUUUCACGUAGAUUGCCAAGUUUAAGAAAUAAAAUUAAAUGAUGUCGUGUAGUAUUUGCAUCUUGAACAAAUUCUAAAUCGGUUAUAACACGAAGAAAAUGUAAACAUAUAUUCUAAUCCAUAUCUAGAAAUUUUCAGUUAUCAGUGAUGUAUAAUGCUUUUUCAUUGUUACAUUUCAGUGUGCUGUUAGUGUAUUGUGUUAGUACACUACAACUAUAGUUAUGAUCGGUUACUUCCGAACACGUUUUAUCUAAAACACUUUCAGAUAUGAUUCAAAUUUUGCGAAAAAUCAAAUGACCAUUUACAGUAUUAAAGCUAGACCUUGUACGCUACGAUUACUUCGCUUUGUUGUAAAUACAUUUCUGCAUGUCCAAGGGAAAUCACUCCCAGCGUAGGAAUAUUUCUACUUUUACGAAGAAAACGUACACGUACCGUGUUGACGUAUUACACUAAAAUCAACCCACAUGUACACGUACCUUGAUAACGCAUUGCACUAAAAUCAGCCCAGACGCACGUUAACCUUGAUGACGUAUUGUACUAAAUCAACCCACACAUACCUUAAUGAUCUAGUGCUCUAGAAUCAGCCCAGACACACACGUAUCUUGAUGACGUACUGCACUAGAAUCAGCCCAGACGCACACGUACCUUGAUGACGUAGUGCACUAGAAUCAGCCCAGACACACACGUACCUUGAUGACGUAGUGCACUAGAAUCAGCCCAGACACACACGUACAUUGAUGACGUAGUGCACUAGAAUCAGCCCAGACGCACACGUAUCUUGAUGACGUAGUGCACUAGAAUCAGCCCAGACGCACACGUAUCUUGAUGACGUAUUGCAUUAAAAUCAGCCCACAAGCACACGUACCUUGAUGGCGUAUUGCACUUAAAUCAACCCACAUUUACGCGUUAAAACGUAAAACAUUAUCAAUCUAAAUGCAUUUUGUUAUAUAAACAUUAUAAUGAAAUAGUAAGAUGUUGAACAAUAGACACCAAAUGCAUGUUAAAUUAGAGGCAAUACAAUGGCAUAUAUAUACUUUCUUUGAAAUGUUUACGGGGUUGAGAACACUACAUAUAUGUGACAGAUAGUCUAAAAUGCGAAAUAUUUAUUUGUGAGUGUACUUGAAGGGUGACGCAAAUUACUCUCAGAGAUCCUUACCCCUGACUUACCCCUCAGUACAUUUGGAUAUUGCCACGAAGUGGUCAAUUUAUACGUGCCUACGCGCACUUGCUUUAGGAACCGUUAUUUUAUUGAAUGCCAUGACCCUUGGCUAGGUAUUUCAGCGUGUCUAUUUUACAGAUAUCUCGAAGGCUAAGUACUCAAAAAGUAGUCCACGUGUACAUGUACGAUACUCGUUUGUUAUUAGUUUGAGAGACGAAAUAGCGUACGAAUGCAAGAGAGAGUGAAAGAUAAUUUGUCUCAUUUCAUAUAUUUCAUUGUUUCAUUAUCAUAUAUUAAAAGCUGCCAUUGAAGUGCGUGUAAUAUAUAAACAUGUAUGUGCUAAAGUAAUCAUCUAUUUUCAUCUACCAUGCAAAAUGAAAUAAAUUAUUUUAUGAUU